ACAUGGGAAGAGGAAAGAUCGAGAUCAAGAGGAUCGAGAACACCACCAAUCGUCAGGUUACUUUCUGCAAGAGGAGAAAUGGGCUCUUGAAGAAAGCUUAUGAAUUAUCAGUUCUAUGUGAUGCUGAAGUUGCUCUCAUCGUCUUCUCUAGCCGUGGCCGUCUCUAUGAGUACGCCAACAACAACAGCAUAAGAUCAACCAUAGAUAGGUACAAAAAGGCCAGUUCAGAUAGUUCAAAUGCAUCCUCUAUCACAGAAAUCAAUGCCCAGUAUUAUCAACAAGAAUCAGCAAAGCUGCGGCAACAAAUUCAAAUGCUACAGAAUUCUAACAGGCACUUAAUGGGCGAUGCUGUAAGUAAUUUAUCUGUGAAAGAGCUUAAGCAGCUGGAGAAUAGGCUUGAGAGAGGCAUUACUAGAAUCAGGUCAAAGAAGCAUGAGUUGCUGCUAGCUGAAAUUGAGUACUUGCAGAAAAGGGAGAUUGAGCUGGAAAAUGAAAGUGUUUGUCUUAGGACCAAGGUAAUGAAGAACACCAAAUUCUCUUACGUAUCAAAUGUUGAUGAGGCUCUUCUUGAUAUUUCCAUAUCCUUAACAAAUAUAACACCACGCAUUUGACUUAAAUGGUUAACUUGAUCUUUAUUCUUAACAAUCUCAGAUAGCAAUUUCUUUGCUCCACAUUUGCUUGAGGGUGGAACUGCAUACCCACACAAUGACAAGAAGAUUCUCCAUCUUGGGUAA